UUUUGUUUUGAAGUGGGAAAGAAACCCGACUCACCGUCUGCUCACUAAUUAGAGUUAAGUGUGCUCGGGAUGAUAUAAAAUAAGCUGUGAAAACGCAGCGGCCUCCCAGUGCUCCUAGAGUUUGGAUACUGGAAGACAAUGAAUGGUGUUCGUGGUAGUAAACGAUUGUUUAACUGCACCCACGCUGACUGUGGAGCGACUUUCUCAAGGGAGUGGAAGCUGAAGGAACACGAGACUGUGCACACCGGAGCACGCCCGUAUCUGUGCGCAAUCGCUGGAUGCGGUCGUCGCUUCAAGAGGAAAACCCACCUGAGAAGCCACUUGCUUCACCAUAAAGGGAUAAAGCAGUUCCAAUGUAAUAGUACAGGUUGCGGGAAGACUUUCUUCUUCGCCAACAAGCUUAAUAGACAUGUGCGCAUCGCUCAUGGAAACAAAGCCGGCGUUUUCAAGUGCAGCCAACAGAACUGCACCCUGAGCUUCAAGAAGCGCAGAAUGUUGAAGCUACACUUACAGGCGCAUAAUGUGCCACUAACAUUCAAAUGUUCUAAAGAUGGAUGUGCUGCAACAUUCAACUCCCACAUUGCCCGCAAAGCCCAUGAGAAAAAGCAUGCAGGUUACCGCUGCCCUCAUGAUGGCUGCCAGGUGCUUGAGCACACCUGGGGAAAACUUCAGAAACACAUGGCUAAACACCCAGCUACCUUUUCCUGCUCAGUCUGCAAGAAGGUGUUUAAGAAAGCUGGUGCUCUGCAGAGGCACAAACGAACCCAUGCUUCCCAUAAGCCUGUACUCGUGUGUCCCAGAGAUAACUGCCAGGCCUACUUCUCCACAACCUUCAACCUGGAGCACCACAUUCGCAAGGUGCAUCUUCAGCUACUAAAGUACAAGUGUUCCUUUCCUGACUGCCCUCGGAUGUUUGCUAUGAGGGAGAGUAUGCAAAGACACCUUUGUCACCAUGAUCCCACUGCCACCACUCUGAUGAAACAAAGAAGACAAAAGAAAACCUGGCAGAAACGCUUGGAUGGAAACAAUCGGGGGCUUGUCGAGGAGAACCUGGGUCGCCUCUUUGCUCUUCGCAUGCGGCUCUCCAGACGCGCCAAAGUGGAAACCAACCUUUCAGGCCUGUUCAACGAACGCAAGAUCCCGCACUAUGUAGACCCAGAAGUCAACCUACGGGACCUGUUUGGAAUCAAGCAGCCCCGUCCUUUUGAGAUGCCUGAGACUGGACCAGUGAAAAGUUAAAUGGAGAUGCACAGAUGGCUGCAUUAUUUUUUUUUUUUUCUUUUAAGAAUUGGGCCUCUUUAUUAUAAUGUUGUAUAGAUUUAAUUUAUUUUAUACCAGAUGGGAAAAUUGUAGUCUCAAUAUCUUUUCAUGCAUGUUGACCCAAUAAAAUGCAUUUGUUUAGCCCAAAA